AUGACAUAUGUUGCCGCCAAAUUCGCUGACCCAUUUUUUGAUCGUCCAGGGCGCAUCGAUUUCUUAUUAGGUGCUGAUAUCUACAACCAACUCUUCACGGACGAAAGUCGUGUGCAUCAUACUCCAGGUCUUCCGUCAGCGUUCGAGACACGAUUAGGGUGGAUAUUCAUCGGUCCUAUUGCCCAUAAUGGUACUGAAAGCUCACCAAACAGUUUGACGGUACGUUCAGAGCCGUCACUGGAUAAAUUGCUCCAUCGGUUCUGGACAGUUGAGGAGCCAGUAGUACAACCAAUUCCAUUCACUGAAGAGCAGAAGUGCGAAGAUUGGUUUGUUCGGACAACCCAACGGGAUGAGUCAGGCCGAUACAUAGUAACGUUCCCUUUCAAGUCAAACCCAUGUAUUUUGGGUGGGUCACGUACAAUGGCCUUAUCUCGUUUUCUGAAUUUAGAGCGCAAAUUACAGGGUAAUGACGAAUUGUACGCAGAGUAUCGGGCGUUCAUGGAUGCGUACAUAAAGCUUGGUCAUAUGCACCUUGCCACGUUGCCUGGAAAGUGCAUCAUCCCGCAUCAUGCGGUAUUCAAAUCCGUGAAUGAUUCCAACAAACUGCGGGUCGUAUUUGAUGCAUCAGCUCGAACGUCAUCAGGUUCAGCGUUGAAUGACAUCGUGUUCACGGGCCAAAAAUUACAGCAAGAUAUUUCCACAUUGUUAAUGUCAUGCCGCUUACAACGGUACAUGUUCACAGCUGACAUCUGUAAGAUGUACCGACAGAUCAAGUUAUCUCAUUCAGACCAACAAUAUCAACACAUCUUAUGGCGCGAUUGUCCGUCGGAUCCGUUAAAAGAAUACUCUCUAUCCACCGUCACAUAUGGGGUUGCGUGUUCGCCAUUUCAAGCGAUCUGGGUGCUGCACCAGCUAGAAGCGGACGAAGGAGCUAAGUUUCCAGCCACCAAGAAUGUGUUAACGUGCCAAACGUAUGUAGACGAUAUCAUAACCGGGGCCCAGUCCAUUGGGUCGGUGCUAAUACUCCAGAAUCAACUUUGUAACCUCCUGGCAAGUGGUGGUUUUAUCUUGAAGAAGUGGGCGAGCAACAGUCCAGGAAUUCUUCAAACCAUCCCCGUCGAAGAUAGAGUCCUUGAAUUGUCUUUUGAUCCCAAAGACGACGCAUGUGUAAAGAUUCUCGGGCUCCAUUGGGACCCCGUCACAGAUACGUUCACCUAUCAUAGUGAUCAUGUCCAGUCUACAUUCACCAAAAGAGCAGUUUUAUCGUCCAUCGCCAAGAUAUACGAUCUGCUUGGUGCUCUAGCGCCGAUAACGUUCUGGGCAAAAUGUUUUAUGCAGAGGUUAUGGAAGGAAGGAUAUGAAUGGGACAGUCCCAUAUCGUCAGAACUAGCAUCAGCAUGGGCCCUAUUUGCCUCCGAAUUACCCGUCGUCUCAGGUAUCCGGAUUGCACGUCAUAUUCCUGUUCAAUCAAGUAGCCACGCACAAUUGAUUGGGUUCUCCGAUGCUUCAUUGAAAGGCUACGCCGCGGUCGUAUACCUCCGACUUGUAUAUGUCAACGCGUCACCCACCAUUCAUCUUAUUACCGCUAAAUCUAAAGUAGCGCCUUUAAAGUCAGGUCGAGCUGAUGAACUUCUAUCUGUCCCACGGCUGGAGUUGUGUGGCGCAUUGCUGCUGGCACAAGUGCUACAGCGCGUACAAGGGACCAUGGCAUCUGUGGUGACAUUGUCGUCAAUUCACGCGUGGACUGAUUCAACUGUCGUUUUAUCCUGGUUGACGAACGUGCAAGUACAAUAUAAAAUAUUCGUCACCAACAGACUCAACAAGAUCAAGGAACUAAUUCCAACAUGCGAAUGGCAUCACGUGGUUACUUCCCAAAAUCCUGCUGACUGCGUAUCUCGCGGAAUGUACCCAAAGGAUGCGCUGGACCAUCGCUUGUAUUGGGAUGGUCCUUCAUGGUUGUACGAGAACACUGAUGAAUGGUCAUCCACCACUUUCCAACCUUUAGCUCCUCAUGAGGUACCAGAACAGGCAAGCCACACAUUAAAUGCAGUGUUAAUCGCCACCCAGGUAGAUGACCCUGAGUGGUUCCAAAGGUUUUCCUCAUUGACAAGACUUCAGCGUGUCAUUUCGUAUAUGCAACGGUUCAUUGAUCGCGCACGAAAACGGCAGUCAGUACGUGGAUAUAUUCGACAUACUGAACUCGAACGUUCAUUGUUUGUGGUCAUACGGCUGACCCAGUAUCAACAUUUCUCGGCGCUCCGUAAAUCACUCACGUCAGUACCUCCCGAAGCUUCUCCGAUACCAUUAGCUAGAUUGUCUCCCUAUAUUGAUUCCGAAGGAACAAUUCGCGUGGGUGGACGGCUGCGGCACUCCGUACUACACGAUGACGCCAAAAAUCCCAUUUUAUUACCGAAAGUGUGUUUUUUGACUACACUGUUAAUCCGACACUAUCAUUUGCAGUAUUCACGCCGGCCCACAGCUUAUAUCGUCCUUACUUGUGCAACGAUAUUGGAUAAUGUCAGCCAGGGCCGCUAUCCGUCGCAUAACAUUUAA